CUGCGAGGAGCCACAGGAAGCUGGUGAGCCGCAGACUGCUCAUUAUCUCCAUGGCUGCUGAUGAGAGCCGACAGGAGCCGAACCUGCCCGAAAUGCGCCAACUCGGGUGUGCGUUCGUGUGUUUACAGAGCAAUACGUCCAGCUGAUUAACACACGCUCAUCGGUUGUUGUCAGCAGUUAAGAACGUCUUCUCUUUAGUAAUCGUUUCCCCCCCCAAUUAUGCACAGGGUACAUUGAUGCCGCGUGGACCAGGAUUAUUUUGCCGAGGAGAUCUCUAGUGCUCUCCCCUCCUCCGCUGUUGUCCUCAACAGCAGACACACGGACUCAUUCAGACUGGGACUUUUGUCUGGAGCACCAUUGUAAACAGGCGAGGAGCCGUUUUAAUCAAAUAUAACAUCGCUCCAUCAUAGGUUGAAGCCUUCAGUCAGCAAUGCCUGGGAAUCGUCCAACUGCUCCUCCCUGUUGAUCUCUGAGAAUGGGAUCCUAGUAAACCUCUCUGGGAUUUAGAUCAACUGCUAGCAUGUUGCAGCCUUCCACCAGAACAGGUGACUUCCUGUUGGAAACAUUACCUCAUUGGAGAAAGCGUCCGAGAUGGGUCCUCUCCUUGACCCUUUGCAUGGCUCUCCUCUGGCUUCCAGGGGCGACGGCAUCGAUCCUAAACUGCCACACGACAUGCAUCUGCGCCUCAAACAUAGUGAGCUGCUCCAAGAUGAAUCUGACCUAUGUCCCGAGAGGUAUACCACUUUACACUGCUGUGCUGGAUAUUAGCUACAAUGAGAUAGAUAGACUGCAAGCUGACUGGACCCCGGCCAAGCUCCCGAAGCUCCAUAACCUCCUCCUCAGCCAUAAUGGUCUCAACUUCCUGUCUUCAGAGGCGUUCGUAAAUGUGAAGCACCUACGUUACUUGGACCUGUCCUCAAACAACUUGGAAUUGCUGGACGAGUUCAUCUUUGAACCUUUGGUCAACCUGGAGGUCCUCUUGCUGUAUAAUAACCACAUUUCCCAGAUUAACCGCGCAGCCUUUAUCACCGUGGUCAAACUUCAGAAGCUCUACCUUAGUCAAAACCAAAUCUCCCGCUUUCCCGCGGAGCUGGUCAAGGAAAAGUCCCGCCUAGAGAACCUGAGUCUGCUGGAUGUGUCCUCCAACAAAAUCAAGAUGCUACUCGUUGAUGAACUCCAGGAACUGCCUGCCUGGAUUAAAAAUGGCCUCUACUUUCACAAUAACCCUCUGCUGUGUCACUGUGAUCUCUACACACUCCUCGCCCAUUGGUAUAUUCGAAAGCUCAACUCUGCAGUGGAUUUUAAAGAUGAAUACACAUGUAUCCUGCCUGGCCCUCAAAAAACCAAAGUGGGUGUUUUUGAACUCAGCGGUUAUCACAUGAACUGCAGCACAUUCAAGGAGGCAGAUGAAGAGGCAUUUCUGGAGCAGAGGCUAAUCCUUGGCUGUGACACCAAACACAAGGACAUGGUAAAGACCUGGAUAAUGCCUGGUAAUGUCGUGGUGACGCCUGGAAGCAACCAAACCGCCAAAGUCAUGCAAGAUGGUAAGCUGCAGAUUACUUCAGUGAGGAACGAGGAUUCUGGGACGUACACUUGCUUUGCGACAAGCGAGGCCUUCAAUGAAACAAUCUAUGUGGUACUGAAGGUCCACAACUUUACAAUGGACGAGAUUGGGGACUCCCUGAACACAGCUUACACAACCUUAGUGGGCUGUCUGGCCAGUGUGGUUCUGGUGCUUAUGUAUCUUUACCUGACGCCGUGUCGCUGCUUCUGUUGCCCCAACAUAGGAAAGACGCGGGGUGAGGACAGCAUCCACUCGUCCAUGCUCAGUGUGACACCGACCCAUGAGGAACCAACGCUGAAGGCCGAUUUGAACAGGCACGUGGCAUUCAUAGACUCCAAGGACUUGCAGGGCCAAAACGGCAAGCUAAACCCCAAUGGGGAUGGGGAUGAGGAUGAGGAUGAUAUGGAUGCAGAGGCUGGUUCUCUUAUGAAGGGCAAGAGGAAGAAGUCAGUAGCAGAGUCCAUCAGCUCCGUCUUCUCAGACACUCCCAUGGUGGUCUGAGGUGUGACCGGCAAUGACGAUGGAUGCCACACGACUGGGUGUAUAUGGUACAACAUUAGCCAUGUUUUAGUUAAUAUAAACUGUAACUGUGACCUUGGCGGAGAAAACAAAAGAAGGCUGUUCAUCUGUAGUUGCUGGCACGUUGAAAUAAGGAUUUUUAAGGGGGUUUAAAAAAAAGAACUGUCUUGUCAACAAGUACAAGAAGCAGGACUUUUCCAGCAUUUUAAUCUGUAGCACUUAAUAUUCAUACUGUGAAGGAAUGGCAGUGUACAUGAACAUUGGAAACUACUGAAGUCUUAUGAGAGUGAAAUGUCGAUGAUGUAUUGUCAAUAUAAGCUCUCAGGAAGUGAUCCAUUAAACUGCGUGUGGAAAAUACAUAUGAUUCGAUGCACAGGUUGAAAUUUGAUUGGAAGUAUACAGUGAACCCAUGGCUGGCUCAUAAUUAUUAUUAUUACAAAGACUAGAAUAGAUUGCAUCUUACCUAAACAUUAGAGCAUAGACCUCUUUAUACCACUCUUCUAUUAACACAGGGACAGAGACUCAGAAAGGCCACCGUCACCAGGCUGUGAUACAUCUAUCUUGAGUCAUCUAUAGAGGAACUGCAUGCCAUAAACCCACAUUACAGCUCUCUAACUGAUCUGUAUAAGUAGGUAAAGAAAACGUGCAUUAAUUGGAAGUUUAGUCAUUUGUAUAAAGAAAAAGCAGUAGCAGAUACAUUAAAUUAAGAAGGUAAUUUCACUGUACUUCAUAGCUGAUACCUGCAAUGUACUAAGAUAUCGUUUUUCAGACUGAUCUUUAUUUUUGAUUUGAUGUAUAGUCUUAUGUGUAGCGAUGUAGGGGAAAGCAAUUUGGAUGGGGUACAUUUACAUAGAGGUAUGGUAUAAACUAGUUUGACAGCUCGAGGCAGAUCAAUGUUUAUGAGAAAAUUGUGUAUCAAACUAGUUGUCCUAACAAAAAAACCCUGACAUAAUGAAAAACGCCUAAAGCAGACACUCAUUAGAUGCAGAGAAUUAAGAGUUUGACCUUAUCUAUUGGCCAAGUUAUAGCCUUUCUUUCUCUCCAUUACACUGGGAGGAAGUGAAAUGGGAGGAAGCUAAAAUGCUUAGGUUAAAUUGGUUUUUCCUUCUGAAUGUAAAAUGUGCACCUUACUCAAAAUCCUGAAUAUUAUAAUGUACAUUGCUUAAAAGAUAAAUUAGGAAAACACUGGGAGUAUUCAUAUAAUAAAUUAUGUAGUAGAUUUAAA